UUCACACUGUUGCAAUUUCUUGUAUGCUUUUUCCCGCAUGCUUAUUUUUACUCGUGCAAGAACAAAAUUGAACAAAUGUGAACGUUAAUAAUACGCAUGCAAGUUCUUGCAUGCUCAAACUUGCACGCAGUCCGGCAUGUCGGACAGUAAUUGAAUGCAAUUAGGUAAUUGUAUGCCAGUUUAUUCUCGAACACGUUCUAGUGAACCACGUGGAUUGUGUUUUAUGAAUUUUGUUUAAUUAAUAGAGUAUUUAGUUAAGUACAUUUUUUAAAUAAUUUAAUUUGUAAACACUGAAAUGGCCUCCAAAUCAAAAUAUAGUUUGAACGAAGAAAAUGUACUAAAACUAAUUACUUUGUAUCGUCAUCACGAAGUACUAUGGAACGUAAAACUGGACCAAUAUAAGAACAAAGAUGCACGGAACCAGGCAUAUAAAUUAAUAUCUGAAGAAAUGAAUGAAACUAAUUUUGGACCAUCUGAUGUUCCAACCAAAAUAAAAAAUUUACGUACGGCCUACCACCAAGAAAAAAGAAAAGUAGAGGAUUCAAAAAAGUCUGGAUCAGGUGCCAACGAUGUAUAUAAACCAAAAGUAUUUUGGUUUGAAGCACUUGAUAUAUUUUUGCAUCCGGUUGUCGAAUCAAGGAAAACUCACUCUAAUUUGGAAAUGCUCAUUGAAAAAGAUUACGAAUCUCAGUCAAAUUCUGUUUGUGAAAAUUUAACAUCAGCCGAGUCCAUUAAGCUGAAUAGUUCUUUUUCAUCAGUUGAAAAUAAUGCUACAUUAAUCUCUACAGUUAACAAUACAUCCCAACUAUUAUCGGACUUAUCAGAAAAAGUUUUAUCACCUCCGCUACCACCUCCACGGGCUUUAAAACGAUCAAUUUCAAAAAAAAGGAAAAAUGAAGUGUCGGAUACAACAUAUCUUGAUAAUGCUCUAAAAAAAUUAGACGAAAUAUCUGAUAAAACAACACAACCGUUGGAAAUGAACGAAUUUGAUGCAUUUGGUAAUUUAGUAUCAACAAUGUUAAAAAAAUUACCCAUAAAUUUAGCAUUUCAGGCACAAAGUGAUAUACAUAGCUUACUUAUUAAGUAUAAAUUGCAAGCUGUACAACCAAGUGGAGUAUUUAACUUUUCACAAACACCAGUUAUUUAUAAUCAACAAGCUACUAAUGAUAUACAUGUGGAUUAUUCAUCAGGGCACAACACAACAUUAGCAGUUCCAUCAACCAGUAAUCAAAUGUCAAAUGAAAGUAAUGGUUCAUCAGCCUAUUCUUCAAAUGAUGAUAUUUUUUCUUUGUAAAUAUUUUAUAUUUUUUGUAGGUAGGUACCUAACAAGUUUUUUAUUUUAUAUAUAUUUUUUAAGUUUUUGAAUUUUGAUAAAAAAAACUAAGAAAAGGUUAAGUUUUAUUUAAAAAGAAUAUUAUAUUGAUAAAUUUUAUUUUGGUUAGUUACAAUUUUAAAUCUCGUUAAGAUUUUUUUUAUUUUACUUACAUUAAUUUUCUGUACCUAUAUUGUUUACCUAAUUUACUUUUUGGUGAUAAUAAAGUUAAAAAUAUAUAGUACUUACUUCAAUGAAUUCUUUCAAUGCAGUAUAAAUAGCAUUGCAUACAUCUGGUAGAAACGUACUUAUUGUGUUCUUAGGUACUCUGAAUAAAUAUUGAAGACUGGUAAAAGAAUUGCCUGUGGCCAAAAAACGA